AUGGAGGCCUCGUGCUUGGAAUUAGCUCUGGAAGGAGAGCGGGCGUGCAAGGCGGGGGAUUUCCCUUCCGGAGCUGCCUUCUUCGAACACGCAGUCAAAGUGGGGACGGAGGAUCUGAAGACCCUCAGUGCCAUAUACAGCCAACUGGGCAACGCCUACUUUUACCUGAAGGACUAUGCCAAAGCUUUGGAGUACCAUAAGCACGAUCUCACGCUGGCCAGAACCAUCGGGGAUCGGAUCGGAGAGGGCAAAGCCAGCGGCAAUCUUGGCAACACGCUGAAAAUCCUGGGCCAGUUCGACGAAGCCUUGGUUUGCUGCCAGAGGCAUCUGGACAUCUCGCAGGAACAAGGAGACAAGGUGGGGGAGGCCCGAGCACUGUAUAACAUUGGCAAUGUCUACCAUGCCAAAGGCAAGGAAGCAUUGUGGACCCUACCCCAGGAGGAGCCAGGCCAGUUGCCCCAGGAGAUUCAGGAGGCUCUGCAAAAGGCAUCCGAAUUUUACAAGAGGAACCUUUACCUCGUGAAGGAGUUGGCCGACAGAGCUGCACAGGGCCGGGCCUACGGAAACCUCGGCAAUGCCCACUACCUGCUGGGCAACUUCAGCAAAGCAAUUGUUUUCCAUAAGCAGGUGAAACACAGUGUUCUGAGCUAGGCUUCCCCAAAAAGCACGAAGCAG